AUGAAUCUCAUGGCUAUGGUGAAUACACGUUUGUUAGGUCGAAAUGAUGAUGUUAAUUUAGAUGCAGGACAACUUCCAUUAUUCAUACGAUUCGAAAAUGCUGGUAAUACUUGUUGGUUUAAUAGUAUAUUUCAAAUGUUGUUAGCAUCUGGUCAUAUAAUUGAAAGAAUACGCAAAUUUCAUAUCAUUGAUGAUGAUUUAGUACCGUGUAAAGUUAUGGUUUUAAGUGGAAUAUUAAACGUAUUCAUAUCUAAAUCAAUCAAUUGUCACACUGAUGGAAGAAAGGCUAUUGUAAAUAAAAGUUUUAUUAUUGAUCAGUUUAGAUAUCUGCGUUGGGCUGGCUUUGAUAUUGAAACCUAUAAACAAUUUUGUGUGUUUGAUUUCUUUCAAAUAGCAAUCAUACCGAUGCUGUUAUUCUAUGAUAUUGAUUUUCAAUAUGUAUUAGAUAAAUCUAUGCAAUGUUCUUCCUGUAAAAAAAUAAUUUCAGUUACUCAACAAACAUGGGACUAUUUUCUCGUACAACAAACAGCAAAUGAAGAGACUAUUGAUAAUAUUAUGGCUGAUCUAUUUGGUCCAAUAUUGGAGAUGCAGUUAUGCCUUAACUGUUUAACAAAUGAUCUUCAUCCUACAUUAAUGUCUAUAUUAAAUUGUCCAAAACAUCUUUUUCUUCGAUUUGAUCCAUUCGUGACCAAAUAUCGAAAACGUCCUAAAUUAACAACACAUGUAGAUUUUGCAAAAAAUUUAUCAAAUAAUGUUAUAUGGACUCGUUCAUAUUCACGUUAUACAUUACAAUCAUUUAUUGUGUUCAAUGGUACAGAUGAUAAUGGACAUUAUAUGACAUAUGCUCGAUCCAAACAAGACUGGUAUUGUCUCAAUGAUACAAAUAUUACACUAGUCAAAUCAUCAAGUAUUUUUGAAGAUCAAGCUAAAGAUCAACCGGUUAUGAUGGCUCACUUUACUCGACCAUCUGAACUUGACGUAUUUUCAUCGGCAUUAUGGAACGUUUUCACAAAAUUUUCACCAAUAAAUAUAUCAUUAACACCACAUUUAUCAUUGAAUGAUGCUGCGAAUUAUUUUUCAAAACAUCAUCUCAUUGAAAAUAAUCCACUCAACUUAGUGGUUAUUAAAUUUUUCAAUUGUUCAAGUUGUAAAACAGAAACUUUUACUAUUGCUCGAAUGCAUGAAGUUUGGCAAAUGAAAAAUGAUGCAUCACAUGUUACUCAUAAAAGGAAUUCUUUUAUGUACGAAGAAAUCAAAUGUUCGUCUUGUAAAACAUCAGGAUUGACUAAUUUUGUUUUAUAUGAUAUACCACAAUUUCUUCUAUUGAAAACUGACAGUGCUGGUACAGAUUGUAUAAGUUUAAUUGAUGAUAUAAAUCAAAUUCGUAUCCAACCAUCUGAUACGCAUUUACCAUUCCACUAUCAUGUGCAAGAAGUCUUAAUUGUACUUGAAGAAGAUGAUAUAGUUUAUCUAAGAAAGACUACGAAUGGUUAUUCAUCUUUGAAUAAAACUACUGGCCAAUUUGAAGAAUUGCGUAAUGUAUCAGCAUGUGAAACAGGUCAAGCAUCACUUUGGACAAUAUUCGUUUAUGAAACUGAUGAAAAUGUCUUCUAUCCACCAAUAAUCGAUAAAAUAACUUUCGAUCAAAGUACUUUAGCAGAUGGUAUAGAACCAGAUAUAUGGACUCUCGAUACUGUUCAAGAUCUUUUACCAACAUUUACUGAUAUUUUAAGAGUCGGUUCUAUACAAAUCAAAAAAAAAGAUGAUAUAAAACUAUUGCUCGAUAAUGACGGUGAUAUUAAUGAUUUGAUUAUAGAUGGUCAUUUAUUUAUUACUGCAACUACAGCAACAUUUCACAAACGAGUUCUAGCGAUGGAAACCCAUACAGUAUCUGAAAUAAUUCAGAAGAAAGUAAAACACAUUAAAAAAUCAUGGUUUGAUUACGAUAUUAUUCUCUGUCCGAUCAAUCAAAAACAUCAUUGGUAUCUAGUAAUAAUUGAUCUGGAAAGAAAUUUAAUAAUUCAAUAUGACUCAUUACCUACACAUGAUAUUCCACGGCGACAAAACCUACAACGUCUCAUACAUAUGAUAAACAUUCACAAUUUUUUAAAGAAUGGAAGUGAUAUAGAUUUUCAAACUGGUUGGAAAUUAUCUGAACCAAGUGAAGAUUUCGACUUACAUCAAAACGAUCAACAUUCAUGUGGUGUCUAUCUUUUAACACAAGCUAAAGCAUAUAUUAAUCGGGAACAACAUCAACCUAUUCCACAAGAUGAAAUCACUCUAUAUAGACAUCAAAUAGCGGAAGAUAUACUUCGGAAAGCAGAACCAAUAUCCGAUGAUAGUAUAUCAGACGUAAGUAACAAGUAAUUUCCGCAUAUCAUAUAACUUGAUUUGAAUUCUGUUCAAUAGAUAUCCGACAUAGACAUCCCCAACACUAAACAACGCAUCAAAAAAACAACCACAAAAAACAGCAACAAAAGCAAAACAAAAACAAAAUUGAAUACAAACAGACACUUUUUUUUUAUACAUGAACAAAAUAGAUAAAACGAAGGGAUUCAACAAAAUAAUAAAACCGAACCUCGCACAAUAUACAAUUUUUUCCAUUCCACUCCAAAACAGACACGCAGCUGUGAAAAUCAUCUUUCUUUCUAACGCAUUUAACCACCGAUUGUCCCUCUAUGAGUUACAAAUUCUUAUGGAGAUUAAAUAUCUAAAUUGAGUUAUGUCUUCUUUCUCUUUUUUAGAUCGAAUCUAAACUCCUGAAAAUCGACCGUACACACUAAGAUAAAAUGUGUCGCAUGUGUCGUACUUUGCGACACAAUGUACGACACAUAAAUAUGCGACACGAGGAGCUCGUUGCGACACAUUUCUUCCAGCGGACGUACGACACAUUCUUGUGCGACACAUGCGACACAUUUUUAACACGUGGUUCGAAUUCAUUUUUCGGCACGAGAAUUAUUUUUUUUUAAUUCAAAUAGUUGCUAUUUUUUCAGUUAAUUUCAAAUAAUAGCACCUAUUCUUGGUUUUCAAGAAGGUAGAUCUUAAGAUCUAGCUGUCUCGAGACCAUUUGAUCUCGAUCAGACUACUUCGAGGCAGUCCAUUCUCGAUCAUCUAGCGACCUCUCGGCAUGUUGUCGAAUAAUAAAUGGUCCAAAAAUCGUCUAGAAAAAAAAAGACAUAGGAAAAUGUAUAAGUCAAGGAUGUCCAAUAGGCUCGGUUAUAUGCAGCGGCACUCGCGAAAGAAAACGGUGAAUGAACGAUUGAUAUAUAGGCUAUGACACAUCUAUACUGCGACACAUUUUUGUACGACACAUUUUUAUAAUGGAGUCUGCGACACAUUCUUGUACGACACAUAUAUACGACACAUUUUAUUUUAGUGUGUAAUCUGUGGACUGAGUACACUAAGCUGUACCUAACCUGGUUUCCUCCUUUGAUAGAGUGUUCGAAAACCGAUUCACUCCAAGGUGAACAGAUCUUCUUGUAGGGAAUUUAUUUCUCUAUCGAAUGAUGUAUUCUGUCUCUCCCAGCAAUCGAGAUUGAGUCCGUCGUAAUGCGGCACAAUAUGUGAAGUGACGAUGUGACUCAUAUGAGUCGGAUCCUUUUUUCCACUCAAGCCCCUGUUGAAAAUCGAUUCUCUCAGUGUCGAACAGAUCAUCUUGUAGAGAAUUUAAUUCUCUAUCGAAUGAUGUAUUCUGUCUCUCCCGGCAAUGGAAAUUGAGCUCACAGGGGUCGAUCUAAGUGUCAGAAUUGACUAUCAUUUAGAUGUGUGAGUUCUUUUUUUCGACUAUGUAUGAGUAUUUUGCACGGGUAUACGGGUUUUCCGGUUUCCUUUUUUUUUUAUUCGGUUGCUAAGGAAAUUUGUGCUGGUAUAUUAUGGAUCGUUAGUGGUAAAGUAUGGACGGAUUUUGAUUGGUCGGCUUGGAGAUCGAUUUUGAUUGGUGUUCGUGCUAGCUUCACAUCGAUUGUAGAGAAGAUGUGCUAUUAUAACUUUAUAUUGUAACAAUAUCGUUUUUUUGAAAAGAAAGAGAUUCAACUUGUGUUCAAAUAUCCAUCAUAUAUAUGGAAGUUCGAAACGAUUUCAUAGUUAGUGUUUUACAAAUAAGGUUUCUGACAGAAAUAUAUUUCUAAACUUAUUUUCAUCUAAAUAUCAACAUACAUAAUUCAUUAUCUUCGUUAUAUCCAUAUGAAAAAUAAAAAUGUAAAAACUUGUAUCAAAAGUCGCUCAUUCAUUCACUAACAUAAAUUUACAAUAAUCUUGUCGUCGAUUUUUAAUAUUGAUCUAAACAUUUCAUUGCGACGAUUUCGAAUAUGUUCUUCAUAGUAAAACAUGUCAAUUUCCAAUUGAGAAUCAAUCUUAAUUAUGAUCUAUCUUGUCGAAAUCUUGACAUCAAUCGAUCUGUUUUCAUAAUGGUCGUAUAUAUUGAAAUAAAAAAGUAUUGAAUUUCAUUUACUUUAUUUUAUUCUAAUAAUAAGCAUUCGAUUUCUGAUUUAAUCGAUAGUCAAAAAUAUAGUAUAUAUGAACAAAAAACACAAGAAAAAAAAAAGCUGAAUUUGAAUUAAAGUAUACAUUAAUUAUAAACAUGGAAUUUUAAUAUAAAAUUGUAAUGAGCAACAAGAAAAAAUUUUAAUAUCUAAAUCAAAAAUUGAUUUAGUAGAUUUUAUAUUUAUUAUUCAAUAGCGCCAC